GGGUGUGUGUGCGUCGCCGUCUGUAUCCAACCUGUUCAGGAUACGCGCAGCCAUAGCGCAGGAGAAACGUAUUCAUCCAGGAAGCUCAACUUGCGCGAUAAUUGACAAUGGAAUGGAUGAAAAAUAGGUGUCGUGUUUAUGCUGCGCGCUUCAUCUAGUUAAGGUGACACGGUGACACCGUGACCAACGUGGUAAGCUAGCUCGCCACACCCGCGACAACACAGCGUUGAGUCACGGGGACAUUUUAAUACCAUUUGGAAUACUGCUGCGGAAGAACCUGUUUCAAGGCUUUUCUGAAAAUUCUCUGUCAGCAAAAGGAGGAGCGUUUUCAAGGGGGAUAGCCAACCAAAUAAAUGAGGAUGGGAGAGACCGAGACGCGCCAGAGGCUGCUGCGCAGCGUCAAGAAAGAAGUGAAGCAGAUCAUGGAGGAAGCAGUGACCCGCAAGUUUGUGCACGAGGACAGCAGCCACAUCAUCUCCUUCUGUGCGGUGGUAGAGGCGUGCAUUCUUCAUGGGCUGAGGCGGGCCCUGAGGGCUGCAGGCUUCCUGCGCAGCAAUAAGCUGGCCGCCCUCUUCGUGAAGGUGGGGAAGGUCUUCACGCCCGCCGAGGAGCUCUGCAGGAAGGUCCAAGAGCUGGAGCAGAUCAUCGAGAGCAAGCAGAACCAGGCCCGCCUGAACCAAGAGAGCAACCAGAAGAUGUCCAAACUGCCCAACCUGUCCCCUCAGGCCAUCAAACAUCUGUGGAUCCGCACAGCCCUCACCGAGAAAGUCCUGGACAAGAUUGUACACUAUCUGGUGGAAAACAGCGGCAAAUUCUAUGAGAGGGAAGCUUUGCUGAGAGACCCAGUGGAUGGGCCAAUCCUAGCUUCAUUACUAGUGGGUCCCUGUGCUCUGGAGUACACCAAGGCCAAGACAGCCAAUCACUUCUGGACCGAUCCAUCAGCCGACGAGCUGAUGCAGAGGCACCGCAUCCACAGUGGACACUGCAGACAGGACUCCCCCACCAAACGCCCCGCACUGAUAACCAAAAGGCAGUCAAGUGGCAGCAUGGAUGAGCGGCCGACCUUCUGGGCCAGGGACUAUGUGGAGUCGCUCCAUCAGAACUCCCGUGCCACGCUACUCUACGGCAAAAACAACGUGCUGGUGCAACCGCAUGACGUAGACUUCCGUCACUUCCGACACGUUGCGUGCUAUCUCCUAUGGCAGACGGAUGAUAUGGAGGCCAUCCCAGGGUACCUCUCCCUGCACCAGACCGCGGACCUCAUGACCCUGAAGUGGACCCCCAACCAGCUGAUGAACGGCAACAUGGGCGACCUGGACUAUGAGAAAAGCGUGUAUUGGGAUUAUGCCAUGACGAUCCGUCUUGAAGAAAUAGUGUACCUGCACUGCCAUCAGCAAGUGGACAGUGGUGGUACGGUGGUGUUGGUGAGCCAGGAUGGCAUCCAGAGGCCUCCGCUGCGGUUCCCCAGAGGCGGCCACCUGCUGCAGUUCCUCACCUGCCUGGAGAACGGGCUGCUUCCACACGGCCAGCUGGACCCUCCCCUGUGGUCCCAGAGGGGGAAGGGAAAAGUGUUCCCCAAGAUUCGCAGAAGAAGCCCACAUGGCUCCUGUGAGUCCGUCUCAGACAGAGAGGAGGACGAAGCCACAGACUAUGUCUUCCGGAUCCUGCUCCCUUCCACACAGGCAGACUUUGUUGCACCUGAGCUGAUAGAUCCAGCCAUGAGCCUGUGGCAACCGUCGCCCCGCAAGUCCUCCUGCUCUUCCUGCUCCCAAAAUGGCUCCUCGGAUGGGGGCCUCCCUGACGGCUGCAACCACGACAGGGCUCCACUGAAAUUACUAUGUGAAACCAUGAAGUAUCAGAUCAUAUCCCGGGCUUUCUAUGGCUGGUUGGCCUACUGCCGUCACCUGUCCACGGUGCGCACCCACCUGUCUGCCCUGGUGAACCCCACUAUCAUCGAGCACGACUUCCCCAGCAAUGCCAGAGGAGGCCUCAGCCUGGACGUGUGGAGCGCCUUCCUACAAGACCCCUCUGUGUAUGAGGAGCUGGAGCUGUUGCGCCUGGUCUAUUACGGUGGGGUGGAGCCCAGUAUACGCAAGGAGGUUUGGCCUUUCCUACUCGGCCACUAUACUUUCACCAUGACCCCAGACGACAGGAAGAAGGUGGACGAGCAGGUGCGCGCCAGCUACGAGCAGACGAUGAGCGAGUGGCUGGGCUGCGAGGCCAUCGUCCGCCAGCGGGAGAAGGAGCAGCACGCCGCCGCCUUGGCCCGCUGCUCCUCCGAGACCAGCACCGAGCAACCGCAGCUGCAACGCGGCCCGCCGCGACACGACUCCACCAUCAGCUCCGACGUGUUUGGUUCUGUUGAUGAAGAGGACCAACCUGAACUGGAGGCCAAGCCUGAGGAUCAAAAACCCAUGCCCAAGCUCUCCAACGGAGCUCUUGCCAAUGGCACCAGCUCACCAGACUCGGGCCACCCGUCGUCUCGUAACUUCUCCACCACCUCUGGCCUCUCCGACUACUCCCCCAGCACAGACGAGGCCUCUGCUCAUGACUCCGGAGCAAGAGCUGGAGCUUUGUCUCAAGUUCCUGUGAAGAAGUCGGAGCCUACUGCUGAAGCUCUGACAACCACCACUGCUGACUCCCCGCCCAAAGAGUCCCUGCCAGAGAGUGACAUUGAAAAGUCCACCUCUGCUUUGGAACAGGACACAAAGGCCAUGGUUGAAGAAGAGGAUGCCAAAAAAGCUGAAGUAGUGUCUGAUGAAGCAUCAGAGUGUGCUUCAGAGAAGGAGGAAUUUGACAUUCUUCAAACUGAACGUGCAGGUCCAUCAGGAUCAGAAGAGGAGUUCACAGCCCCAGCACCAGCCUCAGCAUUGGAAUCAGGUUUUGGUGAGGCAACAGAAGCAGGCUCACAUGAGGGUGAGGUGCAGCCAUCUGACAGCAGUCCUAAAUAUAGUGACACGCAUCAGGAGGACAUCAAGAUUCCAGAGAAUGUGAAUUCUGAGGAGAGGGCAAAGACUGAGUCACAAGAAACAAAAGCUGAGCUAGAAGUGCCAGAAAGUCACAGCACCAAAUUUGAUGUGGAAAAUGUAAACACAAAUAGAGCUCAAGAUAGCACGUCAGAUAAAAAUCAAGAUACUGAGUCAAUUAAGGUAAAGACACCAGAAAAAGUUGAUGAAAAAUUGAUUGACUUGGAAGAAAAACCUGAAGUUACAGAUUCUACAGAGGGAACGAUUCAGACGUCAGAGAGUUGGUAUGAAAAUCUUGAGGAAAUCUCCUCAGACAAAGCUCCUGAGGUACCUAAAGACAGCAAUGAGAGCCCUAGAACAGAGUAUAGCCCAAGUCAUUCAAAGUUAAAUGAUCCAGAAGAAGAUCCUGGGAAGGAAGAGCCCAAAAUAGUUGAACCACAAAUCAGCAAAUCCUCCAUACCCACAGAGCUCAUCAUGCCGGAGUUGAAACUAGCAGUGGGGGUGUUGCUGUCAGAUGAAAUCAGGUCACCAGAAGCUGCUGAAAACACUGGUCUGGCUGUCCUUGAGUCAACAGAGCCUGAGUCAUCAUCAACGGAAGACUUCAUCUCAUUGGAAAUGGAUGAGAUUACUCCUGUGCCAGACACUGAAUUGAAAGAAGCAGAUUCACCGCUUGCGAAUGAGUUCUAUUCACCUGAAACAUUCCAAAGCGAAGACUUUCAUUUAGAGACGGAGGUAAAAGAAGCAGAACCAUCAACUUCAACAGAGGUCACUCCAUUCACAACAUCCGAGAACGCUGUUCAUCCUCAAUCCCUCUCCACAGAAAUGAAUUUGCCCUUAGCAGAGGAAGGUCUCUCAUCAGUAGCAACAGAGAUCACUGUCCAGGAAGGAUGUGAAUCAAAACAAGAAAUAUCCCCAACAGAAGAUGUCCUAUCAUCAAAGGCAGAAAAGAGAAUGACUCCUGAGGAGUCAGUAGAGAAGAGAAUACUUCAAGAGUCCUCAGAGACAGAGGAGAAGGCCGCACUUCAAGAAUCCUCAGAAACCGGGGAGAAUAUUACAAUUCAAGAGUCAUUGGAGACUGUGGAUAACACAAUAAUUCAAGAUUCAGAGUCGGUGGAGAAGAUCACAGACUCUUUGAAGACAGAGGUGAAGGCCACUCUUCCAGAUUCCUUGAGGACCACACUUCAAGAGUCCUCAGAAACAGAGGAGAAGACAAUACCUCAACACUCCUUGGAGACCGGAGAGAAAAUCACACUUCAAGAAUCACCCGAAAUUGGGCAGAAAACACUAUCAGACUUGUCAGAGACAGAAAAGGAUAAGAUUCAAGACUCCUCAGAGCCAAUAGACAACAUCAUAGUUAAGGAUACACCAGUUACAGCUGAGGAGACUAAACUUAUAAGCUCUGAACUAGAGGCCAAAACAAGUCCAACGAAGGAGAUGAGAAGUGUGUCUGAGUCUGAAGACACAAAGGUAUCCCAGCAGGGCCUUGGCUGGUGCCUGGAGAGGAGAGACUCCAACACAGAGUCUGAAGGCUGCGUUUCAGCACCACCACUCCUCAACCAGCACUCCUCCACUCUUGACAUGGCUGACUCCGAUGACUCCCCCUCCGCCCUCGAAAUGGAGGACAUCCCUAAGAACCUGAUCUGCAUGUCGGCUGAGGACCACUGUUGGAAGCAGCCCCUGAUCCUGGACGCCCCCUCGUUGCAGCGCACUCCCAGGGAGCCUGGUGCGGACAUGCCUACCUUAGAGCUCCACCUGGAGGUGGGACCCAACACAAGCCCAGAGGCCACUGAGUCCAUCCUCUCUGAGGAGGACCCAGAUGUGGACUGCCUGUUCCCAAAAGCAGACUCAUUGGCUGUCAAAGGAGAUAUGAAGACUGAACUGGCUUCACCUGUGUCUUCUAUUGGCACUACUUACUCACAAGAACUUCUGGAUAUGUAUCUGCUCAACCUUCACCGCAUUGAAAAAGAUGUUCACAGGUGUGAUAGAAACUACUGGUAUUUUACCGCAGCCAACUUGGAAAAACUGAGGAAUAUCAUGUGCAGCUAUGUGUGGCAGCAUCUGGAGAUAGGCUAUGUCCAGGGAAUGUGCGAUCUCCUUGCACCUCUGCUGGUCAUCCUGGAUGAUGAGGCCUUGGCCUUCAGCUGCUUCAGCGAGCUCAUGAAGAGGAUGAACCAGAACUUUCCUCAUGGGGGAGCCAUGGACUCACACUUUGCCAACAUGCGCUCACUCAUCCAGAUCUUAGAUUCUGAGCUCUUUGAGUUGAUGCAGCAGAACGGAGACUACACUCACUUCUAUUUCUGCUAUCGCUGGUUCCUGCUUGACUUUAAGAGGGAAAUGGUGUAUGACGACGUGUUCUCUGCAUGGGAGACCAUCUGGGCAGCCAGGUCCAUCUCCUCCAGCCACUUUGUUCUCUUCAUCGCCCUGGCACUCGUGGAGCAUUACCGCGACAUCAUCCUGGAGAACAACAUGGACUUCACUGAGAUCAUCAAGUUCUUCAAUGAGAUGGCGGAGAGACACGACGUCCCCCAGGUGCUGGUCAAGGCCAGGGAAUUGGUCCACAAAGUUCAAACGCUUAUUGAAAACAAGUAGGGAGACCACUACAUCAUAUCUUCCAUUCCAGUCCAAUCAUGCCAUUCCUUCCUGUGCUGCCAAAAACCCACCAGCUGCAGAGUGUUUGUGGGACAACACAAGUCAUCAUGGCCCAAUCAACAAUCAUGCACAUGCGUUGCUUGACCAGUGUUCUCUCCAUGGAUCAAUUCAAAAUGUCUGAAGAACCUGAUACAGUAGAAUACAAAGGAUGUGUUUUAAUCUGGAAAACAGAUUUUAGUUGCAUUUAAAUUUUUUUCAUCAUUGUAGCCUGGGGCAUAAUUAUCUGCUUUUUACAUGGUUAGUUGAUCCACCGUGAAUUAUUAUGAAUAAGGAUCUGAAAUGUAUGGAUUUUGAAAGAGGUGACUAGAAUUGCAACAGUUAAAUAACAAUAUAAAUAUUCAGACUUGUUGUGAUUUAAUAGUUGCAAUGUCACAACCAUCACUAGCCUGAGUAAACCGAGAAAGCUUCCUAAGCUAAGAAAGCCAUAAGUAAAUAUUCAUACUUCGACACGAAUAUAUUUUUUUAGCUUCUUUGAAAAAAGUAUCGCUCAUGUGAUGUCUAUAAUGUUCAAAAUUAUGACAAAGAGAAAUAGAAACUUGGAUCAUUCCUAAGCACAAACUCUGUGGUUGUUAGUGGAGUGUGAAUUCAGAGGAACCUAUAUUUAUUAUUUAUGUUAACAAAAUGGAUUCAUGCAACCCUCAUUCACACAAUAAGCUCACGUUGAAAGUAAUAUGUGCUCCUCUUGUACGUUAGUACUGUACUGUCUUUCUGACGUAUGUAAUUCUGUUCAUGGCUGACUGGUUACUAUCUCUUUCAAAGUGACUGGUUACUAUCACACUUUCAUUGUUGUCAAAUCUCGGUCAUGAGUCAACCUGUCAAUUUCCUUCAUUUAUCUUAAAUGGGUGUAUAUUGAACAACUCUUGGUGAUUGGACAUGUUUUUGUGAUUAAAUCUACAAUCAUUUCUCGCAAAAUUAAUGGGAACCAUAUGUGAAACUGAAAACAGUUUGUACUAAUGUAGGCAUCAGUGACACAGAGUCUGACAAGGACAUCAGAUUUGUUGUCUUUUUAACAACCAAAAACAGUCAGGUCAGGUCUUGGUUUAAAUGUAUACACAUUUUGCUUGUUUCAUCUAUCCAUCCAGUUUUGGGAAAGAUGUUGUCCAAUUUGGGUGUUGGUCACAUGACAGAUUAUUGAAUCAAUGUGCCUCCAUAGCCUAUAACUUAUACCAUGAAGUGUUUUUAAAACAACCCAAGAAAACUGAAACCAAAUGUAACACAGCAUUGUUUCAAACGGUCUUGCUUUUGUAAGCCUCUGUAAAUUAUAGUAGCCUUUCAAUAAUCCCAGUGUCAUACUGUAUGUGUAAAUGAAUAGAAAGAAACGCUAUACCAACUGCACAAACAUAGUGUUUCUGUGUGUAAUAAAUGAAUAACCCCUUACUCUUCAUUCAGGUUGGAAUCAGUGGAGACAGAAAAAUAACUCUUUGCACAUACUAUUGUAACUUUUGCCUUAUAGGUUUACUGUAAAUUCUUCUGUUCAGGGAUUUGUCAGUGAUUAUCUGUCAUGUUGACGACGACUUGCUUCAAUCAUUAUCUUGCAAUGUGCGACUGGAGUGUUUGUGGUAAAGUAAUAUGAUCGAGACUCUGCUAGAUGAUUAAAAAAAACCCUCCUGAUCAAUUCAUGAACUGUGAAAAGUAAAAUGUUGAACCAACCUUUGAAAAUUAAGGCAAAAUACUGCUGCAUAGAAGCCUAGUAGACCAAUCUUUUUGGCAGAUUUUAUUUUCUCUCCUUGGUCUAGCCUUGCUCCAUAGGGGAUCGUAGCUGGGCCUUGAAUCUGGCCUGGCACUAGUUUUGAAUCUGUGUAGCAAGUCAUUGGUAUGGCCUUAGCACGGUGACAACACCUUUUGAAAGCCAACCGUUGGUUCCACAGCCCUGCCUAUGGAGUGAGCCCAGACUAUACGUUUCAUGUUAUAGUCUGGCUUACCAGUCUAGCUGCAUAGAUGUUUUACAUUGGUUCAGAAUAUGAAUUCCAUUAUAAAGUUGAACCGCAGGGUUAAAACAUCCAUGUAGCAUUUUUUCCCCCCCGGUUGGUUCUGCAUUUCACUUUUUUUAGACUCAGCUUUUUCUUUUUACAUUUUGUUCACCUAUCCUAUCAGGAUUCUUUGUGAUUAUUAGAUCCUGUUUAGACUAUCCUGGGAAACCAGUGUCUUUGGUAAAAAAAAGAGAAAAAAGUGCCAGUGUUUCAAACACUAAUCUUUUGUCGUUAGUAUCUUUCACUCACCCAAUCUGAGAAUUAUUGAUGUACGUUGCUGCUGUUAAGAAUUUACACUGUAUAACUAAGACACAUUUAAUGUAAACGAAACACGUUAUAUCAAAGAACAAAGUCAGUGUUAAAAUGUGUGAAAUGGAAAUAAAAUAAUUAUAUAUAAACAUAUAAAUACAUAGAUGUACAUACAUCGUAAGCUAAAAAAAAUCAAACCUAUA